UGGAGGCCCUUUCGGGUGCUUCUGCAGCGCCGCUCCUCCAAGGAUGGCUUCUCUGGUUGUAAACAAGGCUGGAUCGGGACUAGACAGUGGCCGUCAGGGCAGCUGGGGCACGGCCGUGGUGAAGGUGCUGGAGUGUGGAGUUUGUGAAGAUGUCUUUUCUUUGCAAGGAGACAAAGUUCCUCGCCUGCUGCUCUGUGGUCACACCGUCUGCCAUGACUGUCUCACCCGCCUGCCUCUUCAUGGAAGAGCAAUCCGUUGCCCUUUUGAUCGACAAGUAACAGACCUAGGAGAUUCAGGUGUUUGGGGAUUGAAAAAAAAUUUUGCUUUAUUGGAGCUUUUGGAACGACUACAAAAUGGACAUAUUGGUCAGUAUGGUGCUGCAGAAGAAGCCAUUGGGAUAUCUGGAGAGAGCAUCAUUCGUUGCGAUGAAGAUGAAGCUCACGUUGCAUCUGUAUAUUGCACUGUAUGUGCAACUCACUUGUGCUCAGAGUGUUCCCAAGUUACACAUUCUACAAAGACAUUAGCAAAGCACAGGCGAGUGCCUCUCGCUGAUAAACCUCAUGAGAAAACCAUGUGCUCUCAGCAUCAGGUGCAUGCCAUUGAGUUUGUUUGUUUGGAAGAAGGCUGUCAAACUAGCCCACUUAUGUGCUGUGUCUGCAAAGAAUAUGGAAAACACCAAGGUCACAAGCAUUCAGUAUUGGAACCAGAAGCUAACCAGAUCCGAGCAUCAAUUUUAGAUAUGGCUCACUGUAUACGGACCUUCACUGAGGAAAUCUCAGACUAUUCUAGAAAAUUAGUUGGAAUCGUUCAGCACAUUGAAGGAGGAGAACAAAUAGUGGAAGAUGGAAUUGGAAUGGCCCACACAGAACAUGUACCGGGUACUGCGGAGAAUGCCCGGUCAUGUGUUCGAGCUUAUUUUUCUGAUCUACAUGAAACUCUGUGUCGUCAGGAAGAAAUGGCUUUAAGUGUUGUUGAUGCUCAUGUUCGAGAAAAAUUAAUUUGGCUCAGGCAACAACAAGAAGAUAUGACUAUUUUGCUGUCCCAGGUUUCAACAGCCUGUCUCCAUUGUGAAAAGACUUUGCAACAGGAUGACUGUAGAGUUGUCUUGGCAAAACAAGAGAUUACAAGGUUACUGGAAACAUUGCAGAAGCAGCAGCAGCAGUUUACAGAGGUCGCAGAUCACAUUCAGUUGGAUGCCAGCAUCCCUGUCACUUUUACGAAGGACAAUAGAGUUCACAUCGGACCAAAAAUGGAAAUUCGAGUUGUUACAUUAGGAUUAGAUGGUGCUGGAAAAACUACUAUUUUGUUUAAGUUAAAACAGGAUGAGUUUAUGCAACCUAUUCCAACAAUUGGUUUUAAUGUGGAAACUGUAGAAUAUAAAAAUCUGAAGUUCACUAUUUGGGAUGUAGGUGGAAAACACAAAUUAAGACCACUGUGGAAACAUUAUUACCUGAAUACCCAAGCUGUUGUGUUUGUUGUUGAUAGCAGUCACAGAGACAGAGUGAAUGAAGCACACAGUGAGCUUGCAAAGUUGUUAACAGAAAAAGAACUCCGAGAUGCUUUGCUUCUGAUUUUUGCUAACAAACAGGAUGUUGCUGGAGCCCUUUCAGUAGAAGAAAUCACUGAACUUCUCAGUCUUCAUAAACUGUGCUGUGGCCGUAGCUGGUAUAUCCAGGGCUGUGAUGCUCGAAGUGGGAUGGGACUAUAUGAAGGGUUGGACUGGCUCUCACGGCAGCUUGUGGCUGCUGGAGUAUUGGAUGUUGCUUGAUUUUAAAUGCAGCAGUUGUUUCAAGUUUUGUGGUUAAGAGUUAUUUUGCACAUAAUAUGUUGUAAGAAAUUCUACAUCUCAAAGAUAGUUAAUUUAGAAUAUGUAUGUGAAAGGAAUUUUGGAUUGGGAAUUCAGUACAAUAUUGCUUUACCAAAAUUAUUCUAUAGCAACAUUUAAAUAUCUGGUUGAGAUUAAAUUGGAUUAAAUAGGGAUUUCUUGAUUUUAUAUUUUUUAAAAUGUACAUUUGUUGAGUUUUUCAGAUUAUAUGUGACCCAUAUAUUGAGAAAGAAAUAGUUACAGAGAAAGGGUAAGUGAAGGUGUAUUCUUAUAGCCAACCGAGUGCCUACAGACCUCUGUGCAGCAAGUGAAGCAUGGCUUCUUUACUUGUCUUCCCUGAAUUCUGGCAGUAUUUAGUAGUAAGAAUGGCAAUGACUUAAUGAAAUAGGAUCCACAAAUUGCAUCUUUGGGUUAUAGGAUUACUUUUACCUUUAGUAACAGAAAACCUUUAAAGCUAAGACUAUAAGCUAUAGAAAAAUAAUGUUUUAUACAGUGUUUUAUUAAAACUUUCUCCUAAAGCAUUUUGUAUAAAACCCAGUGAGUCAAAAUGAAAUAUUGCCUAACUAGGCCUGAUUUGUAACAUUAGUACUAACCUGAAGAAUAAUUAAUAAUAAUAAAACUGUGAAAGUCAGUUAUGUUCUAGUUGAUCUUCACUUAUGAAAGACCAGUUUUCAGGGCUGAAUCUGGAUGUAUUAUUUCCUAGGUUAUAACUCUAAACUGGCUCUUCUACUUUUUCAGCAUAUUUAAAGUACUUAUUGUUUCUUUUUAAAAAAAUAUUGCAUCCUUAGUGAGAACGACUAUAGUAAAAGGUAGUAAGUUACACAAAGAACCAGGGUUGUCUUGACAUAAAAGACAUCUAAGUAGAAAAUUACCUUUACCUUAUGAGAAGUCAUUUAAACAGUGGGGGGGAAUGCUUAGCAUUUACAUCAUUUGAAAUGUUUUACCAAAAUAAGUGCAUUUAUCUUGACAAUAAAAUGUAAUUAAGGCUCUUUGUGACAAGACCUUGAAAAUUGAAAAGCUAAGAGGAAAGCACAUCUAAGAAAAGAAGAAACAUUGAAAAAGUUAACAUCACAUUUAUUAUGCAGUAUUGUAAAAGUUUAAAAAAUUCUGUGCUCUUUACUGGUUUUCAUAUUUUAAGGAUGUUCUCUUAUUAUGGCAGUACAAUUUAUUAUGUUUGAACAUAGCUAGAUUGAAUUUCUUGUGUUUUUUCUUUUAAUCCUCACCCAAGGGCAUGCUUAGAGAGAAGGAGAAAGAAAAACAUCAAUGUGAAAAGAGAAACAUUGAUCAAUUACCUUCUGUAUGCUCCCUAACUGGG